AAUAAUGACGGGACGCCGAUAUGAGUUUCCUUUGAGGAUGCUAUACGUAUAAGCGCGGUCAGAGAUACGCCCUUUGGGGAAAUUAUCAACAGAUGAGUUGGAGUCACUGCUUAUAAUAUUGCAGUACGUGCGCUCGCGCUCGCUAGGCCGAAGAUGAAGGGCGCGCGUCGCGAGCGUUGAAUCUAAAGGCCCCGUUCUUGAUAUCGGUACGAAACAUUACGUUGCUUCGAACGCCUGCUGCAAUCAAGCUGUGCUGUUAUUAAGCUACCUGUACUGCGAUCGUCUUCGACUAUUCGUCUUCGGCUUUUCGUCUUAGGCUAUUCACGGCAAGCCCAGCUAGAAGACGUUUAGCAGUGAGCAAAAGCUACAAUGAGCGCGGACGAAGAAACCGAUGCCCAACCGGGCGGUUCCCAUUUGUCGAACAUCGCAAACCCUCCGAUGAAUGACGCGGGCUCGCCGCCAGGCGUCGGAGACGCGCCGCUUAUGUCGCCCGAUGUCAUGUCGCCUCCUCAGAAAGCCCACGGACCGCGACAUGGCACGCCGGCCGUGCGUGUCGCCGACCUCGAACUGUGGUACGGGAGCGGCAACAAACGGGUCGACAUCUUCAAAGGAGUCAACAUGACCGUGCCCCGCGGCGGCAUCUACGCGCUGCUUGGGUCCUCCGGCUGCGGCAAAACGACGCUCCUGCGCUGCAUCAUGGGCCGCAAACAUUUCCAGAAAGGCGACGUCCGGGUGUUCGGCGUGGCGGCUGGCACUCCCGGCUCCAAGAUACCGGGCCCGAACGUCGGCUACAUGCCGCAGGAGCUCGCCCUGUACAAUGCGUUCACCAUAGAGGAGACGCUGCGGUUCUUCGCCCGUCUCUACCUCAUGGACCCUCAGCAGUGCAAGGAGAGGGCCGACUUCCUCAUCGCGCUGCUGGACAUUCCCGACCCGAAGCGGCUCGUGUCGUACCUGAGCGGAGGCCAGAAGCGGCGCGUGUCACUCGCCGUGUCGCUCAUACACAGCCCGCCGUUCCUCAUCCUGGACGAGCCGACCGUGGGCAUAGACCCCGUGCUGCGCAAGGCCAUCUGGAACCACCUGAAGACGCUCUCCGAGCGCGACAGCAUGACGGUCAUGAUCACCACACACUACAUCGACGAGGCUCGCCUCGCCGGCACCGUGGCCUUCCUGCGCGAGGGCACCGUACUGGCCGAGGAGUCGCCCGCCAAGCUCAUGGAGCAGCACAACACGCACAACCUGGAGGAGAUCUUCCUGCGGCUCGCCAAGCAGGACAAGUCGUCCUUGCCGCCAGCGCCCGAAGUCGUCGCUGUCGAGGAUUCGCAACCCGAACAACAUGUGACGCAGCUCUCGUUCAUGGCGUCUGCCCUGGAGCAGCGCUCCAGGGUGAACAAGAAAGACUUUAAGCGGUCAAUGGCGAGGGUGGGCGUCUUGUUCAGUAAGAACGUGAUUAAGUUCAGGCGCAGCUUGGGCCUGUUCUUGUACAGCAUGUUACUCCCCGCCAUCGAAGUGAGCACGUUCUGUGCUGUCAUUGGCAAGGUGCCCACCGGACUGAGGAUAGCCGUCGUCAACGAGGAGGCUGCAUCGCCCAGCGCAACCCCUCCGCUCGUCAGCACCGCUUUCUUCGACGCCAUGGACAGCGCCGUCUUGCCACGGGUAAACUACGACACCCUCAGCAGUGGCAUCGAAUCUGUGAAAACGGGCACGACGUACGGAGUGGUACACGCCAAGGUAAACCUCACGGCCAGCCUCAAGGCCCGCUUCGGCACCACUGUGAAGCUCAGCGAAGAGCUGCUAGAUUUCGCCUCUUUGCACGCCCACCUGGACAUGUCCAACCAGCAAGUGUCCAUGACCAUGGCGAAAUACUUGGCGAAAGCGCUGGCAACGGCGUUGCCGACAUCGACGAUCGACAUGCUCUACUUCCAAAGCGUUCUUGUGAGGGAAGAGCCUGUUAUCGGCAGCAGGGAACCGACGUUCACUGAAUUUGUCGCUCCCGGGCUCAUCAUCACGUUCAUCUACUUCAUAUCGACAACGGUGUGCCUAAACACGCUGCUCGGCGAGAAAGGCGACGGCUUGCUCGAAAGGUGCAUCGUCGCCGGCGUGCGCCCCUACGAGAUCGUGCUGGCGCACGUGUGCUCCCUGUCGUUCGUGGUGGUGGCCCAAGACUUGCUUUUGCUCUUCGUCGGCUUCGUGGUGUUCGAGCUGCCCUCGAGGGGCUCACUCUUCGACGUCAUAAUCAUCGCCAUCAUGCAGGGCAUGUGCGGCAUGGCGCUAGGGUUGAUGUGCUCAGCGGUUCUGGACAACACCACGACAGCCGCCAUGAUAGUUGACGGCAUCAACUAUCCAAUCAUGAUGACCAGCGGCAUUCUUUGGCCCCUGGAAGGCAUUCCAAAGGUCGUACGUUACUUCAGCUACCUGAUGCCGCUGACGCUUCCCGCCGAUUCGUUGCGCAGCGUCAUGUCCAAAGGAUGGGGACUCACCCACCCAAACGUCCUCAUGGGCCUGCUCGUGAACACCGGCUGGACGAUUUUCUUCAUCGUCAGCUGCAUGUUGCUUUUCCGACAGUAGAAAGGACACGGCGCCUCACUGACGUCGCACGGACAUUUAUGAUAUACAAGAAACCUAUAUGUACAGCGCUUUCCGCAUCCAUAACACCGCGAACUGUUCGUUGUACAACAGUAUAUCGCGAGCCUCUGUCUGGAAAAACCGGCGCGUACAAAUUAAAUGUUAGGCACGUCACUCUACUCCUCUAUGCCUUAUCAUCCGAAAUUUUGGUCCACGUAAAAUGCUAGUUUCAGAUCGUGCAGAUAGGUAGGAGUCUCCGUGCGAGAAUUUUCGUAUCAAAUGCGUUAAAAGAAGUUCGCAGAAAUAGCUGUUUUGGAUACCGAAACUAAUAAAGAAACACGGCUUGC